CUCGACGCUGCACUGCAACUUCUGUUUCUCUCCCCAACUACCAUCGUUGGUCAAUGCCUCCAAGAAUUCGCGGCGCGCUCUCCACGAGCCUGUCGCAUGUGGCCGACAGUGGAGGAGGGUUCUUUUACUGUCCAUCUUGCGCGACCUGGCGACGGACGCUGUCAACGCGUCCCAGCGCCCUUCAACCGCGGCGAGGCCAUCGGCUACAUCAUUCCCCCAUCUGGAACUCCAAUCAACGUCGGCUGGCGACAUCGUCUGUCCUCAAUGCAGGGAGAAAUGUGCCUGACAGGUUUCGAGAGUUGUACGAGGCCCUGGAUAAGGUUAAAAAUACAGCCCCGGAACAGUUCAGUCUGAGUCGAUUACAACUGGCACUGCGGGGAUUGGAGUCCGAGACGCCUCUUAUUCGCGUUGCUGUCUUGGGAUUAAACGAUGCAACCGCUGCGCGCAAACUCAUCCGUCUGCUUCUUGCUGACCCAUUGAAUCCGAAAGAAGAUUGGGAAGAUAUCUUGGAUUCCUACGAUGAAGACACCUCACGCGGCUUGCUUAUUCGAUAUGGCGAGGUAUCCGAAACGAUUCACAAUGACCUGCUCCCUACCAUCUCUAUACCCUCGUCGGUUCUGAAGAAAGGAAAUAUGGAGAUCCUAGUAAGCGCCUUUGGUGCUGACGCGGUGCCUCCGGGUGCCCAAGUAGCCCCGAAGACCUUUCUCGUACCGACCGUCCCGAUUCGCACGUCUCACUCCGGUCGGCAGAAUUUCAUUCGAUACCCUGUACACAGAGCCCUUGUGUGUGGGAGUGGGGUGGAUGGUCUACUUGCGUACAGCGGUCUGGUCGCUCGGUCUGCUCUUAAUAAGGAUGAAAAAUCCGUUUUCGGGGCCAUUGACCUACCGAUCAUGGAUAAAGAGAAGCACAAUGGUCGCAUAGCCUUUGUGGAUAUCGGAGCAGCCGGUAAAGCACUGGAUAAAUUCCGCGAAUCCGUCCAGAAUGCAUCGGAGUAUGAACGUGGUUGGAACUACAGUGGCGUGCAGAGAGUCCUGGACUGGCUCUCGUCUCCGCCGUCAAAUGGACAUUUGGAUCCCGCUCUGGAGAGAUUGAUAGGCUCAUUGCUUGACAGUGCAGAGGAAGGCGUGCGCGUCCAGGAGGCCAGGCAGAUUGCACAACAGGAAGCACUAUCUGUUUCUGACCAGGUACGGGAAGAUCUUGAUCAAUCGAUAUCCGCCUGGGCGGAGAGAGCGCAUACAGAACUCCGCCACUCCCUAGAAAAAGGAUUCUCCAGUCAAAAUUGGAGAGAACUUGCAUGGUGGAAGCUCUUCUGGCAUGUUGACGAUGUUGGGAUGAUUACCUCGGAGAUCCUCGAAAAGAGGUACCUCUGUCAGGCUGAGAAGGAGCUGAUCUGGACGUCAGGCAGACUCCAGCAGGCGGGCCUGCUUAACGAAAUUCCGGAUAGCAGUAAUGUCGGCGAUGCUGCUGCUGCUGCCACUUCUCAAGCUGGAGAAGUGAACGAGAAUGACGAACAGACGGUAGUGGAGACCGCACCCUCUCAACCCUCUCAAGAGGCGUGGCCAGCGCAGAUCCCUACGAGUCGCUCUAAACUUCUGAACGUUACUGUUCCUUCCCUGCAAGCACUGGCGCAGAAACUGGUGCUGUUCAGCGUCUCCACGACUACGCUCACAUCCGCCCUUUCGGCGCUGACAUACAUCUCCUUCCCUACCGCAUCUAUCUAUGAGUCAUGCAGUAUAGCAGCGGUGGGUCUCGUAUACUCUCUACGACGGCAGCAGAAGAGAUGGGACUCGGCGCGGACUUUCUGGGAGAAUGAAGUACGGGAAGAUGGUCGGACAUCUUUGAGGGAGACGGAGCGUGACCUUCGGGCUAUCGUCCGAGAAGGAGGGAGACCGGCCGAGGACGUUUCGGAAAAUGCUGCAAGAGACGCCAUUGAAAAGGCACGGAGGGCACUUGAAGCUACGAAGUAAUCAGUAUCGGCUGUCAUUUAGAUACAUAGAAAAACAU